UCGCAUAAAACAGCUGUAGCUUGUGUAUUUACUUGUUUCAUACAACGAUUUCUUUAAAAUGUCGCUUGUUGCUUAUGCCGCUAGUUCUGACGAGGAUUCAGAGAACGAAGAGGAAAACACGGGACCACAAGUCGAACUGUUGAAGCCAAGCACAAAAGCCGUGACAGUUACUUCCAAUGAGAUUUCCCUCGAGCCAGAAUCAACCAGUGGGCACAUUAGCGAUGAAGACGACGAUUUUGUACCCCAAGAAGUGUCCUUGCAGGAACUCAGACAGCCCGCUGGAAAACUCACACUGGCCUUACCCAAGCCAAAAGUCACUUCUUCCGCGGAGUAUUCUGAAGAGGAUGCUGACGAGCUGCUCGCCCCAGUUUUUGCCAAGCUGCCAAUGCCACGAACGGCACUGCCAGCAAAAGACGUUAUCGAGGAAAAGGAUGAUGAGUUCCUGCACAAAAAGGCUUUGGCAGUUGAAAUAGAAAAACCCCCACCGCCACCCGUCAAGGGACGUGUCAAGAUCAGCAUUCCUUCUCUGCGGGAUUUCUCCGACGUAGACCGAGAAAAAGCUGACAAGGCCAAGCACAAAGUGGAGAAACCCAAUGUUCCUAAGGGUUCUGGUCUGCUAAGCCUUCUGCCGCAAGCAAAGUCAGAGAGGAAUUUCUCUAAAAGCUCUUCUUCCGUGGCCGCCACUUCCUUCGCAAGCACCACUCCUAAUCCUAAGCCAACUCAUGAGCCCGUGUAUCCCAAAUCUUCUCCUGCAUUUGUACCCGAUACAGUGAAACAGCGGCGUGCAGCGCACAACACCGAAGGCGUCGACAGUUCUAUAACAAUAAAAAAAAAAUAUUCCGAAGGAAAGGAUGCCUCGAAGGAUGGACAAUCAAAACAUUUUGCUAAACCCGCAUCCAUUGUAAAUGCUAGUGACAGUGAAGAGGACGAUGAGAAUGGCACUGGUGACUUCUUUUCCCUUAACUCCAAACAAAAGCUACCGGAGGUGAGCAGCAACGAGAUUAGCGCUCUAGUGGCCAAGCGGGCAGCCAAGAUGGUAGAAGCCGGUAACAAAUACCUUGAGGAGAUUGCCGAAAAGGAAGCGGCCGAAGCAGAAGCCGCUCGACUAGAAGAGGAACAAACACAGCUGGCACAGAAGCGCUACCACGAGCAGCAGCUAAACUCAGAGGCCAUGGACGCAUUGGUGGGCAAGAAUGCCAAACGCCGACGGAAGGAGGCCAAGGAGAUGCAGGUGAUCGACAUAAGUGGCUCUCAAGUUUUGCCCGAUCGGGAGGAAUGGAUGCGAACUGCUUUGGCAUCGUCCACCACCUUCCAGCCCACCGGCGUGCUGACAGAUGAGGAGCCAGUGGCAGGGACGCGGCGAAAGCACCAGAUCACCUACCUGGCGCACAAAGCCAAAGCAAACGAGGCCGAACUGCAGGCCAUGUGGUCGGCUAAUCGACAGACCCGUCGAGCCACCCAAAGCAAAUAUGGCUUUUAAGUUUCCACUUUAUGUACAUCUCUUAUCUUACAAUAUAUACUUAAUCCUACAUCAUAAUCCAAAAUCUUA